UGCCUUCCCGCUCACAGCUUUCAGGAUGUGGGAGGCCCCGCAGCCGGAGGAGCCGGAGGCGCCGGAGCCGGGCUGCGAGCUGCCGUGCGCGGCGUCCUGCCACGCGCAGCGCGUCCUGCAGACCCUCAACGCUUACCGGCGGAGCGGCACCCUCACCGACGUGGUGCUGCGCGCCGGCGGCCGCGACUUCCCGUGCCACCGCGCGGCGCUGAGCGCGGGCAGCGCCUACUUCCGCAGCCUGUUCGCAGCGAGCCGCCCGGAGCGCGCCCCGCGGCGCGUGGCCGCCGCCUUCUCGCUGGCCUCGCUGGCCGAGCGCUGCGGCCGCGUGCUGCGCCAGGCCUUCGCCGAGGUGGCCCGCCACGCGGACUUCCUGGAGUUGGCCCCGGAGGAGGUGGCGGCGCUGCUGGCCGACCCCGCCCUGGGCGUGGCGCGCGAGGAGGCCGUGUUCGAGGCGGCCAUGCGCUGGGUGCGCCACGACGCCGCGGCCCGGCGCGGGCAGCUGCGGCGCCUGCUGGAGCACGUGCGCCUGCCCCUGCUGGCUCCCGCCUACUUUCUGGAGAAGGUGGAGGCCGACGAGCUGCUGCAGGCCUGCGGCGAGUGCCGGCCCCUGCUGCUCGAGGCCCGGGCCUGCUUCAUCCUGGGCCGGGAGGCCAGCGCCCUGAGGGCCCGGCCGCGGAGAUUCAUGGAUCUUGCUGAAGUGAUCGUGGUCAUUGGUGGUUGUGACCGCAAAGGUCUCUUGAAGCUGCCUUUCGCUGAUGCCUACCACCCAGAAAGCCAGCGCUGGACCUCUCUGCCUGGCCUGCCUGGUUACACACGCUCGGAGUUUGCUGCCUGCGCUCUUCGCAAUGACAUCUACGUUUCUGGAGGCCACAUUAACAGCCGGGAUGUGUGGAUGUUCAGCUCCCAUCUGCACACCUGGAUCAAGGUAGCCUCACUGCAGCAGGGCAGAUGGAGACACAAGAUGGCAGCAGUGCAGGGCCAGCUGUUCACAGUGGGCGGCUUCGAUGGCCUGAGGCGGCUGAGCAGUGUGGAGCGCUACGACCCUUUCUCCAACACAUGGGCUGUGACUGCACCCCUGCUGGAGGCCGUGAGCUCUGCAGCCGUGGCACCCUGUGUGGGCCAACUCUUCGUGAUUGGGGGUGCAAAGCAGGAUGGUGUCAACACCAACAAGGUGCAGUGCUUUGACCCCAAGGAGGAGCAGUGGAGCUUGCGUGCACCAGCACCCUUCUCACAGCGAUGCCUCGAGGCUGUCUCCCUGGAGGAUACCAUCUACGUGGUGGGGGGCCUCAUGAACAAAAUCUUCACCUAUGACCCUGACACAGACGUCUGGGGGGAAGCAGCUGUCCUCCCCAGUCCUGUGGAGAGCUGUGGAAUGACCGUGUGUGAUGGGAAGGUCCACAUCCUUGGUGGGCGGGAUGAGCACGGGGAAAGCACCAACAGGGUCUUCACCUUUGACCCCAGCAGUGGGCAGGUGGAGGCCCAGCCAUCCCUGCAGCGCUGCACCAGCUCCCAUGGCUGUGUCACCAUCAUCCAGAGCCUGAGCAGAUGAAUGGGACAGGGACAGCCAGAGAUGGAGGGGGUAGGGAGAACGCAAGCACACCAUUCUGUUCCCCUCCACACAAACAGCUCUUUAACCUAUUGGCCCUUUUCUUGUAGAAAUAAAACCUUGCUCAAAUUUUGGAUCUGU